CUAAAAAUACUCCAUCAUUUUAAGCAAUCUACGCCAUUGUCUAAUGUAUUCUUUUUAAAGAUGGUCAGGUGUGGAUUCAUGGAGAUUUGACUACUAUUUCUAGCAGACCUAGCAACUACGUGCUCUCUAGUUGGCUCGUUCUUUACAGUGAAGACAUUCGUGUCAUCGACUUCCGGUCUACUGUCAUAGCAACGAGGGUUCAGAGGUUUGAUACAAAGAAACUCGAACAUGGAACUCGUUGUCGGCGAUCUCGAAGCGAUACGUCGGACUAGGAUCCUAAAUGAACAGUAUUCAAGUGUUGCUCCACAAGAUAAACCAUUAAAUACUCAGAUUAACUCCAGAAUUAUUAAAGGACACCGAUUAUCUGUGAAUUACUGCCAAUUCUUGAAUGAAGAUAGAUUUAUACUCAGUUGCUCAGAUGACAAAACGACCAAACUUUGGAGCACUACAACAAGCAAAUGUAUUGAAACAUUUCAACAUGAAAAAUCCAAAGCUAUACGAAAGGCCCAUGUUAACCCUAACAAUUGCGAGUUUGUUAAUUGUGGCGAUGACAAACGGAUUCUGUACUGGGAUAUGGAACACAAACAAAUGAUAUGGAGUGGAGAACAUAAAGGAAUUGUCAUGGAUUGUAGAGUUUCACAUAAUGGAAAGUUACUAGCAUCAUGUUCUGAUCUCGACAAUCAAAUUAAAAUCUGGGAUAGAAGAGCCCCAAAGGCUUUUAAUAAUCUGCAAGAUUUUCACAAAAAAACUUCAACAUGUCUAAGGUUCACACAAGAGGAUGAUAAAAUAGUUUCUACAUCAUUUGAUGGUACUACAUCAAUUUUUGACUUGAGAACAAACAGAGCCAUAAUUACUUUGACGGGACACAAGAAUAUUGUUUCUUGCUGUGCACUGACUUUAAAUGACCACUUCCUGGUCACUGGUGGAUGGGACAAAAUUUUAAAUAUAUGGGAUAUUGCAAUAGGAAAAUACAGAACAGCAGGACCAAUUUCAUUACAGGGACAUGAAGGCUCCAUUAGCUGUUGUGUGUUUGGUCUAGAGGGAAAAUGGCUUGUGACAGGGGGUUAUGACAAUUUAAUCAUCUUGUGGGAUCUUACUGAAUAUAGGGAGCAGUAUAGAUUAACUGAACAUAUCAAUUGGAUUCAUGGUGUUGAUAUUGCUAAAAGCCAGCGUUCUAUACUUUCCUGUUCUCGGGACCGUACUAUCCGAGUCUGGGACAUUGAUAAUAUCAGUUCCAUAUCAGCAUUACUACCUGGAAAUGAUUUUAUUCCUAGAGUAUUACAGUGUGAAAGAUGUAACAAAACAUUCAUACCUCUCAAUGAUUAUCAAAAUACCAUGUUGCUGCUAUGUACAUAUUGCAAACUUGAUUCUUGCCUCAAUAAAUACUCUCUCUGAGUAAUGCAUUUCUUCCAAAGCUAAUUCCAAAGAAUUACACCUAAUGCAAAAUGUCUUUUGUUGGUUUUUUUCCACCCCCUACCCGAAACUUAAAUGAAAAUAUUACCUUCAAAACAAUGGCUUUAACAACUAUUAGAGAAUAUAUAUUCUUCCCAGUGGUUUUCUAAUAUGGAUGUGCAAUGCUAAUUUGUUCAAAAUGCAGAGCACAAGUCACUUGCAAAAGUUGUUGACUAUCUAUCUGCGGCUUUAUA